AAAACAUAAAGUUAAUGGUAUGCAAAUUCAGAAUUAUAAUAUUAUAGAUAACAAUAUAUAUGGAUUAGAAAAUUUUGGCCAGAAGGGGUAGUACGGGAAAUUACGAUGAAAGGCUCAAGUGAAGUCCAGCUUUAUUGGUGAAGUGAAGUGAAUGUCUUCAUCUUAUGGCAGCAGUAUGCUUUCGAGGUGUAUUAGAAAUACAGGGGAUGUGUAUACACAAAGAUUGUUCAAGGAAAAGUAUGCAGACCAGCAGAUUGAUAGUGUUGGACCUUUACCUAUUCCCGUGGGGCAGAGGACGAGUCGAGUUCGACUCAGUUGCUGCCACUCGCCAAAUAGUCGUGAGACUCCAGCUCGGGGUCCAAACCGGUCUCAAGCUAUUCUUACUCCAAUAUCAGACCCUGCCAAGGUUUCCAAAAAGAGAGUAUUCACAUUUGGGAAAGGAAAUUGUGAUGGCAACAAGGCUAUGAAGUCUUUGCUUGGAGGCAAAGGAGCAAAUCUGGCUGAAAUGGCAAGCAUUGGUUUGUCAGUCCCUCCAGGCUUCACUAUUUCCACCGAAGCAUGCCAGGAAUAUCAAAAAAAUGGAAAGAGUCUGCCACAAGGACUAUGGGAAGAGAUACUGGAAGGACUGGAGUUCGUGCAGGAAGACAUGGGUGCAUUCCUUGGUGAUUCAUCUAAGCCUCUUCUCCUUUCUGUUCGAUCUGGUGCCGCAAUAUCGAUGCCUGGUAUGAUGGACACUGUCCUGAAUCUAGGACUCAACGAUGACGUAGUUGCUGGCUUGGCUUCCAAAAGUGGAGAGCGCUUUGCGUAUGAUUCAUAUAGGCGUUUUCUUGACAUGUUUGGAAAUGUUGUGAUGGGAAUUCCACACUCCUCUUUCGAGGAAGAACUAGAAAAUUUAAAAGCUGUGAAAGGGGUUAAGGAAGACACUGAUCUAACUGCUGCUGAUCUUCAAGAACUUGUGGAGCAGUACAAGAAGGUCUACAUCAAAGCUACUGGUGGAAAGUUUCCUUCAGAUCCAAAGAAACAGAUGCAGUUGGCCAUAAAUGCAGUUUUUGACUCCUGGGACAGUCCAAGGGCCAACAAGUACAGAAGCAUCAAUCAGAUAACUGGAUUAAAGGGAACGGCUGUGAAUAUUCAAACUAUGGUGUUUGGGAACAUGGGGAACACAUCCGGUACAGGUGUCCUCUUCACAAGAAACCCAAGUACAGGUGAAAAGAAGCUCUAUGGGGAGUUUCUAAUCAAUGCUCAGGGAGAGGAUGUGGUUGCUGGAAUUAGAACACCAGAAGACCUGAACACCAUGAAAAAUUGCAUGCCUGAUGCUUACAAGGAGCUCGUGGAGAAUUGUGAAAUCUUAGAGCGACACUAUAAAGAUAUGAUGGACAUAGAAUUCACUGUUCAAGAAAAUAGGUUGUGGAUGCUGCAAUGUCGAUCAGGCAAACGCACAGGUCAAGGUGCAGUGAAAAUUGCGGUAGACAUGGUCAAUGAAGGACUUGUUGAUGCUCGCACUGCAAUUAAGAUGGUGGAGCCACAGCAUCUGGAUCAGCUUCUUCACCCGCAGUUUGAAAAUCCUUCGGCUUACAAAGACAAAGUGGUAGCCACGGGAUUGCCUGCAUCUCCAGGAGCCGCAAUAGGGCAAGUUGUAUUUAGUGCUGAAGAUGCUGAAGCUUGGCAUGCACAAGGAAAAAGUGCCAUCUUGGUAAGAACAGAAACUAGUCCAGAAGAUGUUGGUGGUAUGCAUGCUGCUGCAGGGAUAUUGACUGCUAGAGGGGGGAUGACUUCUCAUGCAGCUGUCGUAGCCCGUGGCUGGGGAAAAUGUUGUGUUUCUGGUUGUGCUGACAUCCGUGUGAAUGAUAGCGAAAAGUUGGUUGUGAUUGGAGAUUUGGUGAUUUAUGAAGGAGACUGGAUCUCACUCAAUGGUUCUACAGGUGAAGUGAUAAUGGGAAAACAACCUCUUUCUCCUCCAGCUUUGAGUAGUGAUUUAGAGACCUUCAUGUCCUGGGCUGAUGAAAUAAGACAGCUCAAGGUUAUGGCAAAUGCUGAUACGCCUGACGAUGCAUUGGCAGCACGGAAAAAUGGUGCUGAAGGAAUUGGACUCUGUAGAACUGAGCACAUGUUCUUUGCUUCUGAUGAGAGGAUAAAGGCUGUAAGGAAGAUGAUAAUGGCAGUUACACAUGAGCAGAGGAAGGCAGCCCUUGACUUGUUGUUGCCUUAUCAAAGAUCCGACUUUGAGGGCAUUUUCCGUGCAAUGGAUGGGCUUCCAGUGACAAUCAGACUUUUGGACCCUCCACUUCAUGAAUUUCUGCCAGAAGGUGACCUGGAAGAGAUCGUUGGCGAACUAACUAGCGAAACUGGAAUGAGUGAAGAUGAAGUUUACUCGAGGAUUGAGAAAUUAUCAGAAGUGAAUCCCAUGCUUGGCUUCCGUGGAUGCAGGCUAGGAAUUUCUUACCCAGAGCUGACAGAAAUGCAAGUGCGAGCAAUUUUUCAGGCUUCUUUGUCUCUGAGCAACCAGGGUUUUACAGUCUUUCCAGAGAUUAUGGUUCCCCUCGUAGGAACUCCCCAGGAAUUGAGACAUCAAGUUAAUCUUGUUCACACUGUCGCAAAAACAGUAUUCUCAGAGAUGGGCUCAUCCUUGAGCUACAAGGUGGGCACCAUGAUAGAGAUUCCUAGAGCUGCUCUUGUUGCGGAUGAGAUUGCAAUGGAGGCAGAAUUCUUCUCCUUUGGGACAAAUGACCUCACACAGAUGACAUUUGGAUAUAGUAGAGAUGAUGUUGGCAAAUUUCUUCCCAUAUACCUAGCCCAAGGCAUUCUCCAGAGUGAUCCAUUUGAGGUACUUGACCAGAAAGGUGUAGGUCAACUUGUCAAGAUGGCAACUGAAAGAGGCCGAGCAGCUAGGCCGAACUUGAAGGUUGGAAUAUGUGGGGAACAUGGGGGAGAGCCAUCUUCCGUUGCUUUUUUUGCCCAGGCUGGGCUGGACUAUGUCUCUUGUUCUCCAUUCCGGGUACCUAUAGCGCGGCUAGCUGCAGCGCAAGUUGCUGUAUAAGAAGCAGUGUUUUGCAGUUUGGAAUUGGGACUGAACUCUAAAUUCGUCGAAAAUGUUGAUCUUGAAUUCUUGAUCAGUUGUAUAUAAAUAAUCACGAAUAAACACAUUCAUCUAAAAACACACGUCAUGCUGGAUAGAAAAGAAACGGCAAGAAAACUCUAUCAUAACAUAAACAAACAGAGGAUUGUGCAUGGUUGUAAAUUAUCAUCAUUCAACUAUAAGGCAUGCUUGCGGAGCAACAGUAUUGCUCUCUGUACAUGCUAUGUGUGUUCUCUUAAACGCUAAUAAAUCAAAAUGUGUAUGUGUGUAAUACUACGAAUCUAGCUAAUAAAAGUUAUUUAUAAUUUUUCAUUC